UAGAGGCACAGAGCCCUAGAAGCCGCACACGGACAGGAUUCUCGCAAAACUGGAUCCGGAUUUCCUAAUCGGCGCAUUUUCGGUUCUUCUAUCAUCCACGCAAGGAAAAUGAUGUAAAUUGUAUCACAAAUGUCGUUUAUUUACCGACUGUGACACACCAGAAAAGCGUCAGUAUCUUAUUUUUGCGUAGAAUAUAUCAUUUUUCAGAAAUCGUGUACAAAUGUCAUUGUCGUUCCAUGAAAAACAAGUUUUCCGUGUUUCCCCUGCAGCUCGCUGGCUCGGAAGGAGCAGGGGGAAAACAAACACGUCGAAGGGAGAAAGAUUGGUAGCCGGUGAGAUGUAAAGAUUGUCAGCCGCGAUUAUCAUCGUAUUCGUGUGUGUGUUUGUUCUGAACGUUGUUUUUUUAAACUUGGAGCCGUCGUGUGUCGCCGGCCGGCUGUGUUCACCGUGCGGGUUCUGCUCCUCGAGUAUGUGGUCGCUUCCUAACGGUUCGUCAGUGUUACCGGAGCGCCCGGUCCUUUCGCUGCGGGUUGCUGUUUUUCUCGACACUGUUGAUCAACUAUAAAUCGACGGCCGUCCGUACAGCAUCGAGCGGGUUUUCCCCCCACAUUUGUGCAUUUUGCAUUGAAUAAAUUUCCGCCAUGCAUACGCGGCGUCUGGUGAAGCGGUCGAUCCUCGGCAGUCGCGUUUAUGCGCCGAGUCCUACGGGGGACGGGGCGCCGGUGACAGGAGUGGUCCAGGCUGUCAAGCAGGAAAACAGCGACGUCUCCUCCACCACCUCCACCACAGCACCGCGGCGCAACGUAUACACCGUGCUCCUGCAGGACGGCAGCCUCAAGGAGUUCUCCGAAGAGGAGAUUGCCUCGGGGGCCAACAACCAAACGCCGGCCAGAGGACCGCUGAAGCCGAGUUUGAAGAACUCCAACAAUGGGUUUGGCGAGGGUCCGAAGGGAGAGGCCCCUGAGGAGCAGCGGCUGGCGGAGGGCAAGCGCCCGGGCCGGCCCCUGGACCCCGACGCCCGCUCCGUGUCCCUGCUGGAGCAGAAGCGCAAAGUGGUCUCCUCCAGCAUAGACGUCCCCCAUGCCAGGCGCUCAGAGGAGGAGGUGGACAUGGACAAGGUGACGGCUGCCAUGGUGCUGACCAGCCUCUCCACCAGCCCAUUGGUCAGGAGCCCGCCCGUCAAAGUCGGCGAGGCCCUGGUGGGCUCCUGGAAGGACCCAGGCUCCGCAGGGCCCCUGGCCCCGUCCAGCUACAGCUCGUCGGGGGGCUACUGGAGCUGGUCGGCCCCCAGCGACCAGUCCAACCCCUCCACGCCGUCGCCGCCCCUCUCCGCCGACAGCUGCAAGCCCUUCAGGGUGCCCAGCCUGGGGAACGGCGGCGGGGGGGGCCCCGGGCCCGAGGACCCCAGUCUGGACGACCAGGACGGCAGCAGCCUGCUGUUUGACGAGCCCAUCCCACGCAAGCGCAAGAACUCCAUGAAGGUCAUGUUCAAGUGUCUCUGGAAGAACUGUGGAAAGGUGUUGAGCACUGCAGCGGGCAUCCAGAGACACAUACGCACUGUGCACCUGGGGCGGAACUGCGACUCGGACUGGAGCGACGGCGAGGAGGACUUCUACUACACGGAGAUCAAGCUGAACACGGACGAGGGCCUGGGCGGCCCCUCCCCCGCCACGCCCUCCGUCCUCUCCCCUCCGCUGCCCCCUCACCCCCACCCUCCUCCCCUCUCUCACCCCCACCUCCCCGCCGCCGGCCCCGCCCAGCCCGGCGGCGGCGACGCCCACCGCUCCCCCGCGCAGAACAGCAUCGGCAUCUCCGUCGCCAAGGACAACCACGGCGGCGUCUGCAACGGCCGGCUCGGAGGGGGAGGGGGGGGCGGGGCCACGCCCCUGAGUCGCUCGGCGCCCAGCGCGCUCUACCUCAUACACGCCGACCACGCCUACCAGGCCACCGCUCCGGUCUCCAUCCCCUCGGCCGACAGCGGCGGUGGGGGUCCGGCCGCAGGCAGCUUCACCCCCACCAACAGCUUCAGCAUCUCCUGGCAGUCCCCGCCCGUCACCUUCACCGGGAACACGGUGUCCCCCUGUAAGAGCCAGAGCUUCAGUGAGCAGCGUCCGCAGACCACCGCCGUGCUGUCCUCCCCGCCCAGAGCCACGGCCGCCGUCAGCCGGAAGGUGCGUGGUGAGGGUAAGAAGUGUCGGAAGGUGUACGGGAUGGAGAACCGAGACAUGUGGUGCACAGCCUGCCGAUGGAAAAAAGCCUGCCAGAGAUUCACCGACUGAGGCUCCGCCGUGCCCACCCCAGAACCAACUCACCCCGCCCCCACGACGCCCCCGACCCCCGGGGCUUUGGCCUCUUGGGAAUGGGCUGGGGGGGAAGAAGUGUGAAGACCAACAUUCUGCAUGCUCAUCAUCCCUCGACAUUUGUGUCAAUAUCUGGCUUCGCCCCCUUAAGCCCCCGCCCACUGCUACUCUGCACCAAUCCCGUGGUUGAAGAAACCAAAGGGGCAGCCGGGUCCACCAAUAGCAUUCCCCGUCCAGGUUGCCCCGGUGCUUUAUGCCCGUCCUUCCUGACCUUCCUUCCUUCCUUCCUUCCUUUCUUCCUUCCUUCCUUCCUCCCUACCUUCCUUCCGUCCUUCUUUCCUUCCCCGGACUUCGGGGAAAACCCACGUGCAGCUAAACAGGGGAAGAAAAAGAACCGAAUUGACGCAUAUCUGCGGUUUUAUAUUGUUUUUGGAGUUUUGUGCUGUAUCUUUCUAUGUAACUCUCCCAUCUGUUCUUCAAUGGAAAGUAUACAAAGUGAACUUCAGAAGUAGUUACGAAACCUUUUGGUCCAUAGAACUCAAGAAGGCAAGUGAGGUCUUGGCUUGAGUUUUGUUUUGUCCGAGGUGGUGGUGAAGGAGGAGAGGCUUCCCUCUUCUCGCCUCCUCAUGUCCCACUCUUUAUAGUGGGCCAUUUCUAACCCCCCGCCCCUUUUGCAGCAUCUGUGGCCCAGCACAGGACGGUGUGGGUCACAGGAUGGAGGGCCGGGGGGCAAGGUGUAGUCAUAGACCCAGCCGGAGGCCACAGGACAUACCAUAAUGAAUGAUCAACGCAAAAGACUCCACAUACAAACGCAAAAUAUUACAUUUACAGUCAGGGAAGGCAGAUGGUACAGACCGCAGCAGACUACAUGCGGACACAACCGGUACUAUUUUAUAUCUCUCUCACUUUUCUAACUGAAUUUGUUUGUCUUUUUUUUGCAUCAGGAAUGUGAAUUUAAAAGACAGCAAAAAAAAUAAUCUGCAAGAAAAACUGGUCAAUACAGCACCACUCACAUCUGAACCGUUUCUCACAUGUCACACAAAAACAACACGUCACAACCAAAAUGUACUCUCUGUUCUUGGUAUCCUUUAAUAAGUCUGUGUACCAUGGUGUUCUAUUGUUUUUUCUUUUGUUAUUUCGGCUGUGUCCAAUUAGUCAGCUCCCCCGGAGGGGGCCGCGGGAGAGGCUCAUAACCAAAAGUAAGGCACUUGCGCUGUCUGUGUGUUUGUGCGUGUGUUUGUGUGUGUGUGUGCGUGUGCCUGUGUGUGUGUGUGUGUGUGUGUGUGUGUGUGCGUGUGCCUGUGUGUGUGUGUGCGUGUGCGUGUGCGUGUGCGUGUGUGUGUGUGUGUGUGUGUGUGUGUGUGUGUGUGUGUGUGUGUGUGUGUGUGUGUGCGUGUGCGUGUGUGUGAUGGAGCACUCGGUACUUCUAGAGAGUUGAUAACCUCGUUACUCCCAUCAUGCCCUGGAUAUCGUGAUCACCAAGCUAGUAGAGGAACUCAGACAUUAAGGAAGCCAAACAUAAAAUGCACUCUGUUUUAAGAACAGUGGCUCUUUGACAAGCUCUAACUCACAUUGUUAACAGACUUAAAGUGUCAUGCAAUGGUGAAAUGGUCAAAACAAGCUUUUAUCACUGGUCUCCAUGUCGGCAAAAACAUUUUUUCAAGGCAAUCUCCAUUGUGAUUUCAAAAUGGAGUGAUCUUGACGAGCAUCCGCAGCACGUUCAGUACCGUAGGAAUAAGCAUAAUGAAUCAUGCUGCUUGAAAUAUUGUCCAACCUUUCCCUGGGAAUCUAUGAAAAAACAUAGAAUCAUACCAAAAUAUGAACUGACCUCAGUGUAUUUACUGACCUGAGAUGAUGUCCUUUUCUCCGCCGAGCUUUGAUUUUGUGACAUGCUCAUAAUGUUGUGAAACGGUUGGAAAUGUAGUAUACAAUACAAAGAGAAAUCUUAUCAACGUCUGAUAAUGGUUCUACUAUAUACUAUAUACUAUACUGGUUAAACAUGGAUUUGUUUAUCCAACCUUUUCUCUCAAAUUCAUGAAUUUUUGCACAAUUUCUAGCACAUCUAAAUCAAAAUAGGUCGCCCAAGAAGCCAACACCAGCCAUUAAACUCGAGGGGCUUAGCCUCCUCAAACCAUCGCUUCCCUCCUCACACCGGCAACGCUUUCUGUGUUCACUGUUUAUCUUUUAUUUCAAUAGAGAUAUGUCAAGCUAGUAUUUUCUCAAAAUCUCUUGUCUGCCACACAUUGAACCGAGAACUUCUCGUACUUGAGAGUUCAGUGGAGGUUUACUCUCACAGCGGAGAAUUGGAGAAGCCUAAAAGUCCUCUCUUCAUCUGUUAUGUUGUGUUUUCUUCCAUGUCGUUACUCUAUUUUGAAAUAUUUGUGAAUAUUUCAAAAUGAUCUUGCCAUUAUGUGAACGUAUUGUUGCUUAAGAAGAUUAAGACAAAUAUAUAUAUAUACUUUGAGAAAGAAAAAUAGUAUAAAAUACAACUUUGGACUUGAAGGUAAAUCCGAAAAGAGGCAUGUUUUUUUUCUUCUUUUUUUUUUAACCCUUACAUACCUACCUACAUGUAUAUAUAUAUAUGUUUUGUUUAAUUUUCAUGUUCUCCUGAAAAGGAGAUUUCCUGGCAGUUUCUAUUUCCAACAGAGGAAUGGUCACACACACACACCCCUAAACACACGCACGCAAACACAAACACACACACACACAACCACAGGGACAUUCAUGCAAAAAGACACGUAUCUGAAACAAUGUUUGGCCAAAACCUUUAUCUUAUUCCUCCCAAAUCCCUCCUCACCAAGCCACACAGUCCCAUUAGCAAUUUACUUGACUGACAGCUCAGUGUGUGUGUGUCCAUGUGCAUUGUGUGUGUGUGCAUCAAGGAGCCCCAGGGCUGGCUGGCCGCCCCUCUCCCCCCCCCCCCCCACCCAAGGCACCAGUGUUUCAGUGUGGGCCCUGCAGUCGUCGUCUCCCCGGGGACUCUCCGGCCGGUGGGGUUGAACUGGUCGAGAGGCACCAGGGGGCCGUCCUAGAACGUUCUCCUGCUGCGGUCCAAACCGCUUGACCGGGGGACGAGAACAUGUUGAUGUGCCGUGCGGGACGGAGAGAAUCCAAACGCCCCCUCAUUUUCGGUUCGCUCGAGCUCGCAGAGUUCACCCACCACAAGCGAUGUUUUGCGUGGAUAAUGCGGCAUCCCUUUACGCUUUCCCCUCUCUGAUUUCACCUCUCUGAUUUCACCUUGGUUCAGUUCAUUUCUUGUUGUUCCAUUGCAUCCAGCCGCGAGGCUCUUGUUUAACAUUCCUGACGGUGCUUCAUGGGUUGUGUUUAUAAAUGACUUGUCUUCCACCAUACAGAACCUGUUGAGUCCAGUGUAAAGGCCCCGUGCUGGUCGGACAAGAUAUACGUAUAAGGCCAUGGGUAUUGUAAAAACCGGACAGCGUAUCGGUAGAAUGAAGUUCUGAAAUGUUUCUCUAGUCGGCUCUGUAUUUGAUUUGACAACUCAAAUGAAUGAUGAAGUGACGGUCAGCCUUAGUGGCCUCUCCCAGGUACCAGGCGGGGUCUUUGCUUCUGGACUGGUGCCUGCUUCUGUAUUGGUUCUGUUCCCUUUCCAAUGAAUCAAUGACCUGAGCAAUGAGGCAUUUUCAAGGCUCUUUUAUUUUUGUAUUUUAACCUAUUCCAUUUCAUAAUCAGCUUAUAAUGGUGCUUCUAAAAGUCUCUACGAAACAUUGUGUUUCUGUUUUUUUUGUUUGUUUGUUUCACACAGAGUUCCACUUCUAUGUCUCCCAUGCAUGCUGGUGAUCACACUUGCAGCAUACUCCAUUUUGUACCCGCUGUUACUCUGUAGAACAUGAAAAUAAAAACACCAUACGCUUACGUCUA